AUGAAUGUUAUACAAGCCGUAAAGUUGUAUAUAACUAAAAUGACAGAGGAGAGUGGUCCUGGAAUGAAAGUUAUUCUUAUGGAUAAAGAAACUACUAGUAUAGUAAGCAUGGUCUUUAGCCAGUCUGAAAUCCUUCAGAAGGAAGUGUAUCUUUUUGAGAGGAUAGACAGUGUGGCAAAGUGGGACAACUUGAAACACAUGAAGUGUAUAGUAUUCCUUAGACCCACUUCUGAAAAUCUUGCUCUAUUGUGUAGAGAACUAAGGUGUCCUAAGUAUGGGGUUUACUAUGUUUAUUUUAGCAAUGUAAUAUCUAAGUCUGAUGUUAAGACUCUGGCAGAGUGUGAUCAGCAAGAGUCAGUAAGGGAGGUGCAAGAGGUGUUUGCUGACUAUUUAGCUGUUGAUAGACACCUUUUCUCUUUCAACAUUGUUGGAUGCUUACAUGGUAAGUCAUGGAAUCAACAACAUCUCCAGCGGUGUUCUCAAGGCCUGCUUGCUUUAUUCUUGUCAUUAAAAAAACGACCUGUUAUCCGAUAUGCAUCUGGUUCAACAGCCUGCUCUCGACUUGCGGAGAGAGUUAAGGAGUUAGUAAGAAGAGAGUCAGCUCUGAUGGACAGUAAUAUACCAUACAGUGACAUAGCUCCACAAUUGCUAAUUUUGGACAGACGUGAUGAUCCAGUUACUCCUUUAUUACAUCAGUGGACGUACCAAGCAAUGGUCCACGAAUUGUUGACUAUUAACAAUAAUCGUGUGAGCCUAGCACAUGUUCCUGAUGUUCACAAGGACUUGAAAGAGGUAGUGCUAGCUGCAGAACAAGAUGAGUUUUAUGCUAAGAAUCUGUAUUCGAAUUUUGGUGAGAUUGGACAAACAAUCAAAUCUCUUAUGGAGGAGUUCCAGAGGAAAGCAAAAAGCCAUCAAAAGGUUGAAAGUAUAGCAGAUAUGAAGAACUUUGUUGAGACUUACCCGCUUUUUAAGAAAAUGUCAGGGACGGUGUCGAAACAUGUGACUGUUGUUGGAGAGCUGUCAAGUACAGUGGGGCGACAUGAGUUGCUGCAAGUCUCCGAACUGGAGCAGGAGCUUGCCUGUCAGACUGACCAUGCAAAGCAUUUACAGCGUUUAAAAGGCCUCUUCAACAACGAAAAAGUCCGAACAGAGGACCUCGUUAAACUGGUAGCACUAUACGCCCUCCGAUACGAGAAACAUGCGAGUAACGCGCUCUCGUCCCUGGUGGAUUCGUUGAAAUCUCGCGGGGAUGAAGUUGCGCGUGCCCCGGUCCUUGUAUUGGAGUAUGGCGGGGCUCAUUCAAGGCAAAGUGAUUUAUUUGGAUUGCAAGAUGCAGCUAAGAUUACAAAGAGAUUGUUCAAGGGCCUCAGUGGCGUAGAAAACAUAUACACCCAACACAGUCCCCUACUAAAAGACACAUUGGAAGAUCUUCUCAAGGGAAAACUUCGCGAAAAUCUUUACCCGUCAGUAGGUGGAGAGGAUAUUACCAGAAGACCCCAAGAAAUAAUAGUUUUCAUUGUGGGAGGAGUAACAUAUGAAGAGGCAUUUUGCGUGCAUCAGUUAAAUCAAACGAACCCAGGCGUAAGGAUUAUACUUGGCGGAACAACAAUACAUAAUUCCACCUCGUUUUUGGAGGAAAUAAAAUAUGCAAUGCAAGGUGUACAGAGGAUGCACACGCGGCAUAUAAGGAAUGUUUAA